UCGUCUACUGACAGCUCGCUGCCGCCGGCCCCCGUCAGCCUGCGCAGGUCUAACGCAACAGACAGAGGGAGUUCUUUACUCCUGCAAGAGUGCGAGGCACGAAGGCGCAGGCAAGCCGUCGGAAAAAAAAAUAGGGGAAAGUAAAGGUCUCCUGGGAGGAGAGUCUCCGAGGUGUAAACAGUGCGAGGCCGCAGCGCGUUCCGCAGACUGGCUGGCUGCCAGCCGUGAACGGGCUGGUCGUGAUGGAGUCCGCGUGAACGCACUGCGCUACUCCGCUCCUUGCGCUCUGGCGGCGGCAGUAGUAUAACUGGGAUAUCCUCGGUGAGGCAAGCGGAAAAGGGUCAGACGCCACCAAAAUGAGAUGCAGGCAAUCGUCAAGGCAGUAUUUACAGCUCAGGAGUCGAGAUGAGAUGACCCUAACUACACCGAGUCGCUAAAACUGAAGAGGAAGCCCUGUUUGGAUUUAUUAAAUAAUAACUGCAGUAACGCUGAGACCGAUGAGGACGAGUAGAAAACGGAACUGAAACUCCGCGAGUCAACACAUCUGUUUUAAAAAGAUAUCCCAGUCAUAGAUGCAGCUUUAAACACUUGCUAUCAUUUUGUGCCAGUUCCUUUUUGGCAAUGAGUUGGAUAUAAUCCUCUGAGAAGUAUGGCCUGCAUUACAGUGCCUGACACAGAUCCGCAGCCAUACUCCAUGUCUCAGCAGAAUGGUGAUAUUCACAGGAGUCCACAGACUCCAAAGCAGGUCACAGCUGGUCUGGUGCUUCAUCUGUACUUUACACAGAAUAAACCAGAAGGGGAUGACAUAGUUUUUCAAGCAGGGGAGUAUGUGGCAGAAAAUAUUUGUGUAGAAGCAGCCAAAGCAUGUGGUGUCACACCGGUGUACCAAGGCAUGUUUGCUCUCAUGAGAAAGAGUGAUCGGGUUUGGUAUCCACCCAAUCAUGUCUUCCAUUUGGUUGAUUUAUCCAGCGAAACUGUGGUAUUUCGAAUCAGGUUUUACUUUCCUAACUGGUACAGCAGUGUAGGCAACAGAGCCUAUCGUUAUGGAAUCACACGGGGAUCGGAGAGUCCAGUCCUUGAUGAUGCUGUCAUGUCUUACCUGUUUGCUCAGUGGAGAGAUGACUUCAUAAAUGGCUGGGUGAAAAUUCCAGUGACUCAUGAAACACAAGAAGAGUGCCUUGGAAUGGCUGUGUUGGAUAUGAUGAGAAUAGCCAAAGAAAGGGACCAGUCACCACUUACAGUGUAUGAUUCCAUCAGCUACAAGUCUUUCUUGCCGAAGAGUGUUCGAGCUCAAAUCCAGGACUACCAUAUAGUGACCCGGAAGCGAAUUCGCUACAGAUUUCGAAAAUUUAUUUGCCAGUUCAGCCAUUGUAAAGCCACAUCUCGAGAUCUCAAGCUGAAAUACCUCAUGAAUCUAGAAAUGUUGCAGUCUGCCUUUUACUCUGAGCUGUUUGAGGUGAGGGUGCCCAAUCCUGCCACUCCAGGGGAAGAAGCCUUUGCCACAAUCAUUGUUUCAGGCAAUGCAGGCAUCCAGUGGUGUCGAGGGAAGCACAGAGAAAGUGAAUCCUUUUUAGAGCAGGAUUUGCAGACAUACUGUGAUUUCCCUGACGUUAUUGAUAUCAGCAUCAAACAAGCCAACAAAGAUGAAUCAACUGAGAGUCGAGUCGUUACCAUCAACAAGCAAGAUGGAAAAAGUCUGGAAAUGGAAUUUCCAUCAUUAGGAGAAGCACAUUCCUUUGUGUCAUUGAUUGAUGGGUAUUUUCGGCUCACUUCAGAUGCUCAUCACUAUCUUUGUAAGGAAGUGGCACCACCACGAUUACUGGAGGCAAUACAGAGCUUUUGCCAUGGCCCAGUUUCGAUGGAGUUUGCCAUCAAUAAACUGAAAAGAGCUGGAAAUCUAAAAGGACUUUACAUUCUGAGAUGUAGUCCUAAAGAAUUUAACAAAUAUUUCAUCACUUUUGUUGUCGAGCGUGAUAGCAUAUUUGAGCACAAACACUGCCUGAUCAAAAAGAAUGAAGUUGGCGAGUACUACCUUAGUGGUGCAAAGAAGAAUUUUGCCUGCCUUAAGGAUCUUCUGAACUGCUACCAGAAGGAGACUGUGCGCUCAGAUGGUAUCAUCUUCCAGUUUCUUAAGUGCUACCCACCAAAGACCAAAGAAAAAUCAAAUCUUCUGAUCUUUAGAAGCAACAAGGGCUCUGAAGUACCAUUGUCCCCCACAAUUCAGAGGCACAACGUCAGCCAGAUGGUUUUCCAUAAAAUCCGUAAAGAAGAUUUAGAAAUUCAUGACAGUCUGGGACAAGGGACAUUUACAAAGAUUUACAAAGGAAUAAGAAAAGAACUGGGAGACUAUGGUGAGAUGCAUCAGACCGAAGUCAUCGUAAAAGUCCUUGACAGAACUCACAGAAAUUAUUCUGAAUCUUUCUUUGAAGCUGCAAGUAUGAUGAGCCAGCUUUCCUAUAAACACUUAGUGUUGAAUUAUGGGGUCUGUGUAUGUGGAGAAGAAAAUAUUAUGGUGCAAGAGUAUGCCAAGUUUGGAUCACUUGACACAUACCUGAAAAAGAACAAAAAUUCAAUUAACAUAAUGUGGAAGCUAGAGGUUGCAAAACAGCUGGCAUGGGCAAUGCUGUUCCUGGAAGAAAAAAGCCUUGCUCAUGGGAAUGUGUGUGCCAAAAACAUUUUGCUGAUAAGAGAAGAGGAUCAGAAAAGUGGCAACCCCCCUUUUAUAAAGCUUAGUGAUCCUGGAAUUAGUAUCACUGUUCUGCCAAAAGAGGUUCUUAUUGAGAGAAUUCCAUGGGUGCCUCCUGAGUCUGUUGAAAAUCCCAAAGGCCUAAAUCUGGCUACUGACAAGUGGAGUUUUGGUACAACUUUGUGGGAGAUAUGUAGUGGUGGCGACAAACCUCUUAUGACACUUGAUUCUUCAAAGAAACAUCUGUUCUAUGAAGAUCGACAUCAGCUCCCAGCCCCAAAAUGGCCUGAACUAGCCAACCUAAUUAACAGUUGCAUGGAUUAUGAGCCUGAGUUCAGGCCUUCUUUUCGUGCCAUUAUCCGUGAUCUCAAUAGCCUCUUUACACCUGAUUAUGAACUACUUGUUGAUAGUGACAUGCUACCAAUCAGGACAUUUGGAUUUGCUGGUGCAUUUGAGAAUCAACUCACUGCACAAUUUGAAGAGAGGCAUUUAAUAUUCUUGCAGCAACUUGGAAAGGGCAACUUUGGCAGUGUAGAAAUGUGCCGGUAUGACCCUCUUCAGGACAACACUGGCGAAGUUGUAGCAGUAAAGAAGUUGCAGCACAGCACUGCUGAACACCUGCGAGACUUUGAACGUGAGAUUGAGAUCCUCCAGUCACUCCAACAUGACAACAUUGUGAAAUACAAGGGCGUGUGCUAUAGUGCAGGCAGAAGAAACCUGAGACUAAUAAUGGAAUAUUUACCUUUUGGAAGCUUGCGAGACUACCUAAACAAAAACAAGGAAAGAAUAGAUCAUAGAAAACUCCUUCACUAUGCAUCACAAAUAUGCAAGGGAAUGGAAUACCUUACACUGAAAAGGUAUAUUCACCGAGAUUUGGCCACCAGAAACAUUCUGGUAGAGAGUGAGAACAGAGUAAAAAUUGGAGACUUUGGACUAACCAAAGUUUUACCGCAAGACAAAGAGUAUUACAAAGUCAAAGAACCUGGAGAAAGCCCUAUUUUUUGGUAUGCUCCAGAGUCAUUAACAGAAAGCAAGUUUUCUGUAGCAUCUGAUGUAUGGAGCUUUGGGGUAGUACUGUAUGAACUGUUUACAUACAGUGACAAGAACAAAAGCCCACCAGCUGAAUUCAUGCAUAUGAUUGGAAGUGAUAAACAGGGACAGAUGAUUGUUUAUCACUUAAUUGAAAUUUUGAAAAAUAAUCACAGACUGCCAAACCCAGAGGGAUGUCCAGAUGAGAUCUACAAAAUUAUGCUGGAGUGCUGGAAUAAUGAUACUUGCCAAAGACCUUCAUUUAAGGAUCUCUCCCAGAGAGUGGACAGUUUCAGGGACAGCAAGGGUGGAUGAAACAUAUGUCCAGUUCUAAAAUGCAUUUUUCAUUCUGUCUGCAGUAGACAUCAGAUAUCAGAGGAAUACGAAAAAGCUGGAAAAGAAGUAACAGAUUUUCUGGCCACAUCAACAUUUGUUUUGCCUCAGAAACACUUUACUUCCAUAGGAAUUUCCUCAAAGGCAAUUUAUCCAGCGAAAAGAUUCUUUGGAGUUGGUUUCUCUUAUAUUGUACAUUUUAAACAUGAUAUUUGCCAUUAUUUAAAUUGGGCAAAUAACUGUGAAAAGUCUGUAGUUUGUACGAGUAAUAUCUUGUACAUUAAGAAAAAAAUGUUUAAUUUUUUAAUUUUAUAAACAAAUGCAAUGCAAAUUAUAUUUGAGUAGUCCUUAAACAUUGAAUGUAAAUUAAGAACAUGGUUUGAAUAUAUUGCACAAUGGCUUGUAAGAUAUGAAUACUGGUAUAUAAUUUUGUAUUUUUUUUUUCAUUUCAAUGCAGAUGCUUUCAGUUUUAAAAAGAUAUAUAUAUAUAUAUAUAUAUACACACACACAUACAUACAUACACUGUAUAUUACUGCUAAUGUAUGUGGUAAAACAAUUUGUGUGUGCAUAUUUUUUCUGUUACCUUUUAGCCUUAAGCCUAAAACUGAAUUAGCAUUCAAUAUUUUUAUAUGUCACCUACAAUCUGUCUAAUCACAAAAAGUAAAGUCAUAGAAUUGGUUUAUAGUAUAAAAAAUCAAGAAAGAACAUAAGCAGAUGUAAGUGUAAGGACAAUAUUUACUUCAUACUGGUAUAGCCACUGUCAACCUUUUAGCAUUUUAAUUUGCUGUUAGAAAUGACACAGUGAACAUUAUUGAUGGACAAAUCUGUACAAGGCGUUAGCAAUCAGGUGUUUCCUGCUCAGAGUUGAACUAAGUCACAAGUGUAAGAUUUGUUGGGGAGUCGUGUGUCCACACUUGCCACGUAUCCCAGCAAUAAAGUACAGAAGUUGAUUGCUUUCUGUGUGAAGACAUUCUUCUCAUUUUUACAUUUAUGGAGCUGUAUAGUGCAGUAAGUCUAAUCAUGUAUCCUUUUUUUUUUUUGGUGUUAAUUAAUGGUUUUGUUCAUUUCUAUUUGUGUUGUUUCGAGAUGGUUUUAUUUUUUGUGACCUAUACAAAAACAAAGUAACACAAAACAUUUAUUCAUUUUAUGCAAAAAAAUUAUAUUUCUUCUUAAUGUCAGCAUAUUCCCACAGAAAUCACUCUUCUGUGAGGUACUACUGAUUUUCUACUUACAUUUUAGCUGCUUUGAAUUAAAAGUAAGUUAUUUAAUAAUCCUCACUUAUAAGGGCCCAUUGACACAAUAAAUUAUUAUCCAUUGUGUAAAUUAUAUUUUUAAAAAUACUACUACUGUCUUAGACUUAAGCAAAUACAUUUCCCAUAUUUAUGUCACUAAUUACCCUAAUGAUUAUAAGCACCCCUUUCUUAAAUUGUAGCUCAAAUACUCUGCAGUUUUCGGCCAGGCUUAUUGUUUCUUACUGCUUUAAAUAAUUAGAGGUGACUUGGUGCCAGCAGAGAAGGCACAGCGCAGCCUGCUGGACUUACAGGUAAGUGCGAGCCUUUUUUUUCCCCCUACUCACAGCACACAGUUAUAUUCACAUUCUUAAAACUACUGAUUGUUAUUUUAUUGUAAUAAAAAUAUAUACUUGUCAUUUCACAGCAUGACAAGAAUUUUAGUAGGUGAAAAAUGUAUCAACCAAGCAAGAGAAAUGAAAACCAGCUGCUAUUAACAUUUGUGCAACGCCUUGCAAAGCACUGUGGUUAUUUAUUUGUUUGAUCUUCAUACUAGAAACAAAUGUAACAGUUAACAUUUUCAAGUUACAAAAUAGAAAGCUUAAAGUGCUUUUCCUUGUAAUAAAGAAUGCAUUUAUCUAUUGUUGAAUAAACUGAUAGACAGAUAGCUACUGGUAACUAAUUCUGUUAACAUAUUUUAUCCACCAUGCACACCCGCACACCCACGACAUGCAAGCACUCUGGUUUUCUCAUCUUAUAGUGGAUUUCACCACUGACAAGGGCUGCAGUGUGACAGCAAGACAGGGCAAAAACCUGCAGGGGAGAAAGCACCUGGCUGGUACUGGUAGCACCAGAGGCUUCAGGGCAUCACAGACGGUGUCCCUAGAAGUGGUGCCCUUGUAAUGAUGCUAUAUGGUGCACUUGGAGGUGAGGUGAGGUGAGGUGAGGGGAGGGAGGCCAUUAAGGGCUGAAAGAACUGGCACAAAGCCAUUACUUUUUUUCUUAGCCACAUGCUCCUUAAAUGAAAUGGGUGGAUCUGUGUUUGUCACUAUAAAGUAUGCAACUGAGGAUCUGGUGUUCCUGUGAUUCUGUGGUUUAUCCAGAUGUGACCUUGCAUUUGGAUUAUAUAUCCUCCUCAGAUCACAAAGCAGCCUUGAGUAUAGAGGAGUGCAGUAGCAAGGAACCAUUGACAGAGAAUGGAGAAGCCAGGGUCACUAGAGAGAAGGUUAGAAAAAAGAGAGACUGGAGCAGAAAGGGUAUAGCUGUUAUGUGUGUAGACAACCCACCUCAUGAACGGGGACAAGGAGACCCCUGGAACAUGGUGGGAUGUCUUGGUUUUUGUCCCCCUAUUUGUUUUAUUCUUUGUUUAUGUUCUGCCUUUGUUUGUGCUUUCUUGUUUAUAAUAAAUGUAUACAUUUUUGAUA